AUGCAAGCACUGGCCAACUAUGCCGACGACUCGCCGUCCCCGCCAGGCCCAUCAGGCCCAGGCCCAUCCAGCCGGACGCAGAGCCGAGCCCAAAGCCCGUCCGAAGACGAGUUUGAGGGUAUGAGUGAAGAAGACAUAUUCCGCCUCGCUACGCGCCCAACAGGCGACGAAAGCGAGUGGGGUCUUCCUCCCGAGAUGGAUCCCAAUACCGCAGAUUCAAGGCUACAGGCCAAAGUAUCCCAGUUCCUCCGGCUCAAGCAGCAGGGACAGCAUAUCAACACGUCGCUCAUGCAGAGUUCAUCGUUCGCCAAUCCGACGAUUUAUACCAAGCUCGUGCGUUCUGUCCUGGCAGGCUGA